UAUAUAGAAACGAGAAGCAAAUCCCCUAAACCGUCUUUUACAGAACGAGUAUACUGGGGAACGAGAAGUAUCCCCUUUCCUUACGUUACGAUAUGGGUAUAGGAGUACUAUAAAUAUAGCCGUUGAUCACACAAAAACUCCUCAAACAACAAACACCACUUAAAAACACAAUUCAAACCCAGUAGGCGCCGCCGCGCAAGUGACACAAAUCAAGUGACACAAAAAAUAAACUCCUAAUUUCUAAUUUAAUUCACACUUUCUCUCUCCUCUCCCAACCCUUAUAAAUAAAUAAUCCGUAUUAGCGAGGAACGCGUAAAUUUUGCUGUUGACAGUUCCUCAUUUCAGUCAGUGGCUACCCAUUAUCUUCUCCAAUUAAUUUAUGCUCAUUUAUUAAAAUUUAAUUAAGAAAAUUUACUUACGAUUGAAGUGGGGUUUUGUCUAAUUAUAGGUUUUUGGUGUUAAUUUUGCUAAAAGUCAAUCUAUUUUCUCUUUCCAAAGUUUUUUUUUUUUUUUUUUUGGGUUUGGCUUUUGGGGGGUUUCACGUGGGUGAGAUUCCUCCUCCUCUAGUCUUUGCAUUUUGGAGGGACCCUUUUCUUGGUUGACAACUCCUCUGUCAUCUCUUUGCUGCUCUGGUGGGAUCUUCUUACUCUCUCUGGGUGAAAGAGGAAGAAAAAAUGGCAGAGGCGAAAUCCACUACACCUUUGAUCCCACCAUCGGCAACCACUUCAUCGUCUUCAUCAUCAAGAAAGCUACCUGAUUUUAAGCAAUCUGUGAGAUUAAAGUAUGUGAAGCUUGGAUACCAUUACCUUAUUACCCAUGCUAUGUACCUUUUCCUUACUCCUUUAAUAGUCAUACUUGCUGCUCAACUAUCCACAUUUUCGCUAGCAGACAUUCAUUUGCUUUGGGAGCACCUUCAAUAUAACCUUAUUUCUGUUAUUAUAUGCUCAACCCUGAUUGUCUUCCUGUCCACUUUAUACUUUAUGACCCGCCCUCGCCCUGCUUACCUUGUUGAUUUCUCAUGCUAUAAGCCAAGGGAUUCCCUGAAAUGCUCGAGGCCCUUUUUCAUGCAUAAAUCCGAGUCGGCUGGUGUUUUUGCUGACCAAAUCCUCGGUUUUCAGAGAAAAAUCCUUGAAAGAUCUGGCCUAGGGGAGGACACUUACCUCCCAGAGGCUCUUCAUAAUUCACCUCCAAACCCUUGUAUGGCGUCUGCUCGGGCUGAGGCUGAAGAGGUGAUGUUUGGUGCCAUUGAUGAGCUCUUAGCCAAGACUAACUUAAAACCUAAGGAUAUUGGGAUUUUGGUUGUUAACUGUAGUUUGUUUAACCCUACCCCUUCCCUCUCUGCGAUGAUUGUGAACCAUUACAAGCUUCGAGGGAAUAUUGUGAGCUACAACUUAGGAGGGAUGGGAUGCAGUGCAGGGGUUAUUUCUGUUGAUCUUGCUAAGCAACUUCUUCAAGUGCAUCCUAAUUCAUAUGCCUUGGUUGUUAGUACUGAGAAUAUCACUUUGAAUUGGUACCUUGGGAAUGAACGUUCUAUGCUUCUUCCAAAUUGCUUGUUUAGAAUGGGUGCUGCUGCUAUACUCCUGUCUAACAAAAGUUCAGACAAGAGAAGGUCCAAGUACCAAUUGGUUCAUAGUGUCAGGACCCACAAGGGUUCCGAUGAAAAGUGUUUUUCUUGUGUUUACCAACAAGAAGACUCAACUGGAAAGGUCGGUGUUUCUCUCUCUAAAGAAUUGAUGGCGGUUGCUGGUGAUGCCUUGAAAACCAACAUUACCACUCUUGGGCCUCUUGUUCUUCCAAUGUCUGAGCAAUUACUCUUCUUGGCCACAUUGGUUGGGAAGAAACUUUUCAAUAUGAAGAUUAAGCCUUACAUUCCUGAUUUCAAGUUGGCUUUCGAGCAUUUCUGUAUCCACGCUGGGGGUAGAGCUGUGCUUGAUGAGCUAGAAAAGAACUUGCAACUGAGCGAGUGGCACAUGGAGCCAUCGAGGAUGACCCUUUAUAGAUUCGGUAACACCUCAAGUAGCUCUCUUUGGUACGAAUUGGCAUACUCAGAAGCUAAGGGGAGGGUGAGGAAAGGAGAUCGAGUAUGGCAGAUUGCAUUUGGGUCUGGUUUCAAGUGUAACAGUGCGGUGUGGAAGGCUCUUAGAACUGUAAACCCAGCUAAUGAGAAAAAUCCAUGGAUGGAUGAGAUCCAGAAGUUCCCAGUCAACGUACCAUUGGUUUCUCCGUUUUAAAAUCGUGUUUUUCAUGUUUCGUGUGAUUCAAAUCUAGCCAUCUUCUUGUCAGUGGGUUGCAGUCCCUGUAUUUUCAUAGAGAAGCUUCAAUUAACGAGUAAAGAAAUACGGCAGGGCAAAUUUUGGAAAAAAGAUGAGCAUGUAGAGGUAGAAGCCAAUGCCGAUGAUUGUGUGGUGAAGUCCUCUUCUCAUCUUUCGCAUGAACUGUACCCAGCAGAUUAUCAGGUUAUUUUAGUACUUUUUUCUCUUGGAAUGUACUUACAAAUUAUUAGUUUUUCCUUUGAUGGUUCAAUUUUUGUACCAUAUCUUGAUGUUGAACUUUCAACUUUUAUGCUAAUUCAGAAUUCUUUUCAAA